AUGGGUCUGCCCACAAUACCCCCUGUGGCAAAAUGCUCCUCUAAGACACGUUCUCGCCUCAGGGGCUCGGACUCUACUGGAUUCUCGAGACUGCCUGUUCCUUUGGCCAGGGUAGAGAGCCCGAGUUAUGAGCCAGAGGUCACCGCGAGGACAGAAGACUCCGAUGCACACACGGCUGCGGUCUAUAUGAAUCAAAUGGAACAAAUCGAGGAGUUUUUCGGUGCUCGACCGCAAAACAAGAUGACUACUCUGUCAUCUUGGGAAAGUAAACGUGAAUCCGCAACAUGCAUCUCUAAGGCCGCAGAGCGAGAGCCUAGCACGUUGGCAAGGAGGCUUUUCUGGCACGGCCUUUGGCUAUUCCCUCUGUGGUUCUGGGGUGGGGCAUUACUCGUCUUCCCUCAUACCACGCUUGUUGAUGAAGAUGAGGCCUUGUUUCGAGGCCAGGCUUGCUUCCAACCCACUCUUCGAGACAUUGAAGCCAAAUGGGCAAAACGAUGUUUGAAAGCGUUGGUUACGCUUGUUGUCGUUGCUAUCAUGGCAAUUGUGCUGGGUUUGAGCUUGCUUCAUCACCUUGGUUAG